AUGUCGACACUUAGAUCGGCCUCCACAGGGCCUGCGGACGAGCUCCUCGACUCGGAGCGGCACAAAAUAAUUGCCCAGCUGUCAGACUAUAUCGGAGAUCGGAAACUUGCUUCGACGGGAUGGGCCCUCCUUUGGUUUACGGAUCUCGCGAUCCUGAGGAAAUAUCUCAAAUCUGUCGGCCUAGAGCCUCAUGGUCUUCUGAAGAGGGCCCAGAAGAACCGGGUGUCGAAGAAACCCCAAAGAAGCGCCAGCUUUCUCACCUACCUAUCAAAGUGCAAGGAACGAGAUCAUCACGCUUGUAUUCUCACCGGGUACCGUGAACCGCUAGAAGUAGCGCAUAUCUUCCCCUACAGCCUCAGCCAGAGGGAAAAAGCAGAACUCGAUAUUUUCUGGGAAAAUUUGGGAAUGUACUGGAGUACGGAAAAGAUCAACAAGUGGAAGGAACAGGUCUUAGGCUCAGGUGGAACUGAGAUCUGUCCAAACUUGAUGUGCAUGUCCAACCUCGCCCAUAAACUCUGGGAAACAGCGCGAUUUGCCCUAAAACCCUUGUCUAUAAGCGAGGAUCAGAGGGUUCUUAAGGUAAAGUUCUACUGGAUGUCGAUAAACAAGUUCUCGGACAAUAUGUCGUCAAAAAAAGCCCCGAGUCCUUUCCCUGAUGGCCGCCUGUCCUCCAUUAAGGUGGAAGGCAAACACAAUGCGAAGCUUUUCAAUAUUAACACAGAGAAAGCACUGCGCUCCGGAGACGUUCUUACUUUUAAGACCGAUGACCCAGUCGGUCAUCCCCUCCCAUCGAUGGAGCUACUAAAUAUGCAAUGGGCUCUCCAUCGAGUUCUUGCUCUUAGUGGUGCCGCCGAUGCAACCGUUGAAGAUCUUGAUCCCGACCCAGAUAAGCUGCUCUGGGGGCGGGACCCGUGGGAGAUGAAUCUAGAGGCAACCGACGAGGACGUCGAGGAAGAAAUGGUGGACGAAACGGAGAAAGAAGAGGAACUACCGAGUGUCCCUGAUGAAGAAUCUUGGGACGAAGUGGUCGUGGAGGCCCCCAGAUUUAGGGGUCGGACAAAUCCUUCUACCGACGAGAACUCCCCAAGCCGCGAAAAUCGUCUGGGGUCCAGUCUGCCCAGAUCCACAUAUGUUCACCAUAUGGAUGAAGGGGAGAAGUUGAGGCAGGGGGAGCAGGCGGAGCAAGAGGAGCAAGAAAGCUCACUUGUUUUCAGAUUCCGGGGUACCAAUAUUCAUUAG